AUAUUAACUAUGUGGAAAAAGCCAGACGCAGAGACAGUGGUGAAAGAACAUAGCAAAAAAAUACAAGGGCAACGUAUUCAAAAAUCCAUCUUCAUCUUCGGGAAAAGCAAUUCGGGAUGAUAUCGAAAAUAGCAAGAGCAUAAACUACACACGUUAACCUUCAAAACAAACCCAUUAUUAUGAUUUUAUGACAUUAGGAUUGUUUUAAAAAGAGAGGUGAAAGAUAGUUUGUUGGAUUGUAGCUAGGGACAGUGUUACUAUAUCCGGAUAUAGACUACGGGAAGCAGAAAGAAGAGAGAAAAAUAAACCGUUUCUGGAAAUAAUUUUGCCUUUAAAAAAUAUAUUUGGACUAAAACUUUCUUGGACUUUUGCUGAAACAUAUUUUUUGGUGGAUUUUGAGCUAGCUUGCUAGCUAUAAAUUGUCAAUCAUGGAAUUGAGAGUGGGAAACCGAUACAGACUGGGCAGAAAAAUUGGAAGUGGUUCGUUUGGAGAUAUUUAUUUGGGUACUGAUAUCUCGGUAGGAGAGGAGGUGGCCAUCAAGCUAGAAUGUGUGAAGACCAAGCACCCACAGCUCCACAUCGAGAGCAAGAUUUACAAGAUGAUGCAGGGAGGAGUGGGUAUCCCAACGAUAAAGUGGUGUGGGGCGGAGGGCGACUACAACGUGAUGGUGAUGGAGCUGUUAGGACCUAGUCUGGAAGACCUGUUCAACUUCUGCUCCCGCAAGUUCUCCCUCAAGACUGUCCUGCUGCUGGCUGACCAGAUGAUCAGCCGUAUAGAGUACAUCCACUCUAAGAACUUCAUCCACAGAGACGUGAAGCCAGACAACUUCCUGAUGGGCCUGGGCAAGAAGGGCAACCUGGUGUACAUCAUCGACUUUGGGCUGGCCAAGAAGUACCGCGACGCCCGCACACACCAGCACAUCCCCUACCGCGAGAACAAGAACCUGACCGGCACCGCACGCUACGCAUCCAUCAACACACACCUGGGAAUCGAGCAGUCUCGUCGUGAUGACCUGGAGUCUCUUGGCUAUGUCCUGAUGUACUUCAACCUGGGCAGUCUGCCCUGGCAGGGCCUGAAGGCUGCCACUAAGAGACAGAAGUACGAACGCAUCAGUGAGAAGAAGAUGUCUACCCCCAUCGAGGUCCUCUGUAAAGGAUAUCCAUCGGAGUUUGCCACGUACCUGAACUUCUGCCGUUCUCUGCGGUUCGAUGACAAGCCCGACUACUCGUACCUCAGACAGCUGUUCAGGAACCUGUUCCACAGACAGGGCUUCUCCUACGACUACGUCUUCGACUGGAACAUGCUCAAGUUUGGCGCCAACAGGGCAGCGGAGGAUGCAGAGAGGGAGAGGAGAGCUGGUGAGGACAGACUGAGACAGGGACAGGCCAGGGCCCCUGCAGGGGCCAGGGGGAUCCCCUCCGCCUCCGGACGACCCAGAGGAGCACAGGACGCAGCCGCACCCGCACCCCUCACACCCACCUCACACACAGGUAUGGAGCGAGAGAGGAAGGUCAGCAUGCGUCUUCAUCGUGGAGCUCCUGUCAACAUCUCCUCCUCAGACCUGACUGGACGACAGGACUCACGCAUGUCCACCUCACAGGCUCUCUCUCGUGUCACCCCCAGUGGCCUCCAGUCAGCAGCCCCUCGAUGAGUCCCUCUGCCCCCAUCACCACCACCGUCACCACCCUGGAGGGUUAAACCAUGCACGGCCCUAACCAUACCACACACCAACACACACUUCAAUACCUGGAGGACGCUUACUGAAACAACCAGUCAACCCAUCAGAAGCCUGGACUCUUACACAAUCAACCAAUCAAAAGGCAGGACAAGGACCUCGUCAUCCGCUAGCAACUCCAUCCAUCCAACCAGCCAAUCAAAACACACAGACUGAUGCUCUGCCUCUUUGACAUCAACUGAUCUCUGCUAAGUAACAAGCUCAUGCUGUUGUAACAGGGUGGAUGACACACACACUCUCUCUCUCACACACACACACACACACACGACUCAGAGAGCGUUCAGCCGUGCUCAUCGGGGAUGGAGGAGGAGGAGAUGAGACGGGGAUGGAGGAGGAGAGGGGGGAAGGAGAGAUUUUGUUGCCCCUGGCACACCCAGAACAUUCACUGCCCCCCCCCCCCCACCCCUCUGCUUUCGUGAACCCCAGUGAGGACACUGACAUGGGGCACAGACCUGCUUAAUGCCCCUUACACACCACCUCCUCCAUCACUUCUCUCCCUCUCUCCUCCUCCAUCACUUCUCUCCCUCUCUCUCCUCCUCCAUCACUUCUCUCCCUCUCUCUCCUCCUCCAUCACUUCUCUCCCUCUCUCUCCUCCUCCAUCACUUCUCUCCCUCUCUCUCCUCCUCCAUCACUUCUCUCCCUCUCUCUCCUCCUCCAUCACUUCUCUCCCUCUCUCUCCUCCUCCAUCACUUCUCUCCCUCUCUCUCCUCCUCCAUCACUUCUCUCCCUCUCUCUCUCUCCUCCUCCAUCACUUCUCUCCCUCUCUCUCUCUCCUCCUCCAUCACUUCUCUCUCUCUCUCUCUCCUCCUCCAUCACUUCUCUCCCUCUCUCUCUCUCCUCCAUCACUUCUCUCUCUCUCUCCUCCAUCACUUCUCUCCCUCUCUCUCUCUCCUCCAUCACUUCUCUCUCUCUCUCCUCCAUCACUUCUCUCCCUCUCUCUCUCUCCUCCAUCACUUCUCUCCCUCUCUCUCUCUCCUCCAUCACUUCUCUCCCUCUCUCUCUCUCUCCUCCAUCACUUCUCUCCCUCUCUCUCUCUCUCCUCCAUCACUUCUCUCUCUCUCUCUCUCUCCUCCAUCACUUCUCUCCCUCUCUCUCUCUCUCCUCCAUCACUUCUCUCCCUCUCUCUCUCUCCUCCAUCACUUCUCUCCCUCUCUCUCUCUCUCCUCCAUCACUUCUCUCCCUCUCUCUCUCUCCUCCAUCACUUCUCUCCCUCUCUCUCUCUCCUCCAUCACUUCUCUCCCUCUCUCUCUCUCCUCCAUCACUUCUCUCCCUCUCUCUCUCUCUCCUCCAUCACUUCUCUCCCUCUCUCUCUCUCUCUCCUCCAUCACUUCUCUCCCUCUCUCUCUCUCUCUCCUCCAUCACUUCUCCUCUCUCUCUCUCUCUCCAUCCUCUCUCCUCUCUCUCCUCCUCCAUCACUUCUCUCCUUCUCUCUCUCUCUCUCCUCCAUCACUUCUCUCCCUCUCUCUCUCUCUCUCCUCCUCCAUGCUGAACCAGAUGCUCCUCCCAGCCAGACAGUUCUCCUCCAGAGUUGCUGUCCUGAUAAAAACCAUCAGCUUGUUUCUCUUUCCUGUUGUUUUUUUUACUUUAUUUACUUGACUUUUUCCUCUGUGUUUGUAUUUUAGGUGAAGUUGAUUAAAAGUUUGUUUGUACUGGCAGUGUUCUGUUCUGACUACACUGACUGUGUGUGUUGCUGUUUUUAUACGGUGGCUGAAUAUCAACUGACGAAUGCCAAAUCAUUAAUGGUGUCUGUGUGAAAAGUCAAGUGUGUUUCCUGUUUUAAAGAGAGACGAUGGAAGUAAUAUUAAAUGAAUAACCCCCCCUAAUUGAAGCUCUGAAGGUCAUGUGAGAGAGGUCUGUUUGUGCAGCGGUAGAUGGCCUGGGUUCCAUUUUGUGUCCUCAAAAGACUCUCUUAAUCCCCACAAUGCAAUGCUGAGAAAGAGAGUACUAUUCUCCAACUGGACAGCGGGUUUGUUUAGAGGGAAGACGUUUUAAUGUGUCCCAAACACCACCCUACUCCCUAUGGGCUCUGGUCCAUUUUAUUGGUCACGUACUACACGUGUUCAGCCGAUGUGUGUGUGUAGCUACAUGCUUGUGGACUGAAUAGGGAUUAGGGUGCUGUUUGAGACGUGUCCCUCUCUGUUGUUUUUAAAGGGGACUGGGAGAAAGCAAAUCCUCUACUGUUCUGAAGGUGACUGUGUGUGACAGUUUUAAAUAAGGACUGGUUGUUUGUCCAUAGGGAUGGGGGGGGGGGGUUGCCGAUGUCUUCUCUGCUAGUCAGUCUGUUUCUCCAUCACCUCGUCUCUCUUCAGCCUCCUCUUCCUCUUCUGCUGUUGGUGUUCUGGGGCUGAAAGCUGUGAAUCACCCGUCUCCACACUCAUGUAGCAGUUAUUUUUGUAGUUGAACUUGUUGGUCAGUUAAAUGUGUGUUGGGGGGGGGGGGGGGGUCUGCUUUAAAAUGCCUUUUUCAACCUAUGCUUUCAAUCCACAAUCUCAAACUUUUAUUUUUUAUUUUGUUAUCAAUCAAUAUUUUAAAAUGUUUAUAAUGUAAUGAGACUACGUUUCUAAGAAAAAAGUGAUCUGAUAAUUGCCAGAGGGCAAAGUCGGGUUUGGUGGAUGUACAGGAGACUAUCGACCAAUGCUACGUUUCUCUCUCUUCUGGUUGUCCUAUUGGUUAGUUCAGGAAGAGGGCCAACCCACUCGUCACAUCAUUCAGUGUAGUACUGCCUCAGGGUGCUGUAGGCCUUUUCUGUAGUCUGGGUUAAAGGGGCUUUAGUGGUUCCUGGAUCAGUUUGUGCUGUCUUGUCAACUUUAUCACUCAGUGCAUUAUAAUGAGUGACAAGGAGUUGGCAAGAGAGUCCAACCAGAUCUGGGACCAGUCUAGUUUAGUGCGUCGGUCUUCUGUUGUCAUGUAUAUAAGAUGUACCUAGUACUCAACGGUGAAAUAUCAUGUCUGCAUUAGGAGCUGGUAGCAGUUCCAGGAUCAGAUGUAUUGUUAUCCUCCUAAUGAUUAAGGUUAGGAGUUAGUUGGAUAACCUGAUCCUAGAUCUGUGGUUAGGGUUAAGUUCUACCUCCAGCUCUGUAUUAGCCACUGUGUGUAGUAUGAUGAUGAUGAUGAAGGUAGUGUAUGGGGGGGGGGGGAUGAAUGCUUCACUCCAUUGUAGUUUUGGGUAAGUUAGUUUUAAACCCUCUAACCAACCGGCUGAUGGUCUCAAAAAAAAAAAGAACCUCCCACCUCAUUCUCUUCAGUGUGGGAUUGUGGGUAAUGACGAUCAAGGUACACUUGUGUUAAGUACAGUUCUUUACGUGGGAUCUCUGGUUUCUCUCUGGGUCGAUGUCGUGUCUUUCCCCUCUCUCUCUUUAUGUCCUUCUUGUUUUGUGUUUGCAUCUCUACGUGGGGACGGACUCCGGACACCUUGCGUCGGUUCCCACAAUGCAUCACUCACUGAGUCAUGGGAAGUCUUGUCAUUUGUAACGCCACUGUAUUUGUGUAUUUUAAAAUUGUGUAAAUAAAUGAAUAAGUCCUUGUA